AUGAAUAUUUACGAUUCCUUCACAAUUUCCUCUUCGCACCAAAUUAAUUCGGUGCUCGGACGUUUGACGGAGAAUUGCAGUGUCGGUCUCGGACAACACGUUUUCGCUGUGAAUGCCCUCGUCGUCGCUCACCACAGUCAACUUCUUCGGGAUGUUAUUCGUGAGAAUGGCCACACUCCGCUCGACAUCCUCACCUGUUCACAGCCUCAUUUCACUCCCAUAGGACUCCAAUUGGCGAUCGAUUUCAUGCAUUCACGCGCCAUUCGAGUGGAAUUUCAUAAGUUAACGGAUGCAAUGGCGGCUGCGCACGCUCUGGGAAUAUCGGAUAUGGUGCACGCGCUUGAGCUCAAGAUUCUUCAACUCUCCGAGCACCCGCAAACGGCAUUAAUUGCUUUGGAAAUGGCUGCAACUGGAAAUCUUCACGAUGACAACAAGAAAGCUGUGCUUUUGAAUUGCUUGACCUUAAUGCAAGAGCUGAUUCACAAUCCGUCAUUCUGUGCGACGAGCGAGCUUGGACUAAAGUCACUGCUCAACUUUGCCUUCAUCUUGGAGUCGAGCGAGCCUCGCCCACCAAUUUGGACGCUCCGAUGGCCGUCGAUUGUUGACGCUGUAGUCGCGUGGUCUCAAGUCAACUCGGAGCCCGGAAAUCAGCUUCUCGGCGAGGUGCUCGAUCAUUUGCCAAUCGAUCGUCUGCCUUUGAUGGAUCUUCGUGAAAUCAUCGCCACGUCUACUUUGCUCGACUCGCCUUCACACCAAUUCAACGCUUUCAAGGAACGUCUUGCUGUGAAGCUCGCCGAUGUGACAAAACUCGUUUUCGCUACAGAAAACCAACAACUCUAUCGGGGAAGUGCAGCAAUCAUCCGUCCAACUCUUCCUUGUGUGAGCGAUUCAUCGGACGCAAAUGAAACACUAGCAUCGUCUCCUUCUCAAUCAGGCUUUUCCGACUAUUGCGAGACGGGUUCCUCAGGAGCACUUAAUGAUGCACCCGAUUACAUAGGAAAUCGCAUUCGAGCCGGAGUCUCAAAUCAGCAACAAUCGUCGGUUGGCACCGAGAAGCCCAAAUCUGUGGAUGAUGUUACUUCGUACAAUCUGUCAAGUGCCACCUCGGAUCACGAUAUUGUCAUGGAUUAUCGGACUCCUCCCACACCAGUCAGCAAGAUGGAUUCGGCGUGCUCCCUUGUGCCGUUUGACUUCGAUUUUGGCGAGCUUCCUCCAAACGACACAGGAAUUUGGGAUGUUGAGUUACUGCUCCAGUCGAAGAAGCCACUGGACUUGGCGAAGCAACCAUUCGACAUUGCUAUCGACUUCGAAUUCAAACCGCUUAAU